AUUAUGAGACAGUGGAAUAAAAUCAGCUUCAUUUUUCUACUCGGAACAAAUUGUAUUUCAGUUUUGAAAGUGAAGUAAACAUGGCUCCUUCAGUUGGUUGCAUCUAUUUUCUUGUGCUUAUUUUUGCAAUUUCAAACGUCAACUCGUCGAAUGAUUAUUAUACAUCUGCGAUAGUCGAGAGCUGCAGUGGAUGUAGACUGAAUUGGCUUCCAGACGUGAAAAACUUCAUCUUCGAGGACUUGCCUAAUUACAAUAAAGUUGAAUUUAAACAUAUUCGAGGAGCAGAGCCAGAACUUGUUCUCUUUGAUAGACAUAAUGAGGAAGUGGAAAGAUUACCCUUAUCAAGAUUAACUAGAGAGGAGUGCAAUAAUUUAUUAAUAACUAAGGGUUUUACAAAAAAGGCAAUAAAGGAUGAGAUGUAAAAAAUAAAAUCUAUCAUAGAUACAUUCGGUGUCAGAGCAAAUAAAUAUUUGUAAUUUUGGGAAAUCACUUUACAAUGUUUAUUAAAGGAUGAGGUAUGUUGCUAAUUAUGUCUCCAUUAUAAACUGAUUUAUUCUGUUUUGUUAAUGAAACUGGAAUUGGCAAAUCAACUGUCUCCAAAUUUUAAAGGUUUACAUAUAAAAUCAUAUUUUACUGUAAUGCAUAAUAUUUUUUGAUCUGUCUGCUUUUGGAUGUACAGAUUUUAUUUUUGAAAUUACAUUUUAUCCUAAUAAAUUAAUUAAUAUUAAUCGGAUAAAUAGUGUAUUUCUGAGUUACAGCAAUUUCAAAUUUUAGUAAAUAAUAUAAUGGAAAUAGUAGAAUAGAUCAAAGUACCAAGUUUAGAUUUUGAUCAGAUCUAGCUGCAAAAUAAAUUUCAUCUAUUAACAAAUUAAGCAAGUGCUAUUUUGCUUUAAAAUUUCACUGAUUUUAGAUGUUCCAACAUUUUAAUAAAAAAUAUAGAUAUAAUCAUUGAUGUGGUGUAACUUUUAGCUUACUGUAAAUAAAAGUAAAAUAAUUUAAUCUUACGGUAGCUUCUAAUACAAUUGAAACUUAUGUAGAAAAGUAUCAUUUACUUAUGCAUAUUGUUUGUGAUCUGCACAGUAUUAUUCUCUUUUAUUGUAACAAACAUUUAUUUUUGUAAACAUUACGCGAAAAAUAGAAAAAACGGAGAAGGUUAUGUAAUAAGAAUAGUAACGAUCAAGAACAGAUUUCUG